UUUAUUUAUUAUUAUUUUUUAAUUAAACAAGAACAUGGGAUUUUAUAAUAUAGGUAAGAUGAAGACAGGGCAACAAUACGACCAUCAAAACGACAUCGUUCAUGUCGAAAACCGACAAAACAUAGCUCACAAUGAAACAGGAAAACGUUCCCAUAAAGAAAGAGUAGUUUAUCAGUGUGUUUUUCCUUUUUUUUUUUUUUUUUUUUUUAAUAUUGUAAAGCUAAAGCCAGUGGGAGUGGGAAUGAUGAAGUGGUGAAGCAGUAAGAAAAAGGAGGUAUUUGAUAGAUUUUUUUGUGGGAUAGAAGAAGAUGAUGGGGAAUAGUUUUCUUCCAUUUGUGGGGAUGCUAAUGGUGGUUCUGGCUCAGGUUAGUGGUAUCAUAUUGAACAAAAAAGCCAUGUCCAGAGGACUCAGUGAAUUCAUUCUUCUUCUUUACUGUUGUGCCAUUUCCUCUCUCAUCCUUCUUCCUUCUGCUUUCCUCAUUCACAGUUGCAGGUCAGAGCGGCCUCCACUCAGUCUUUCCAUCCUUUCGAGCAUCUUUUUCCUGGCGCUUAUUGGAUGUUGUGGACUGUUGAUGGGAUAUGCUGGUUUACAGUACACUUCUCCUGCACUUAACACCGCCAUGCUCAACAUCAUACCAGCUUUUACGUUUUUACUUGCUUUAAUUUUCAGGAUGGAAAAAUUUAAGUGGAGGACCUCAAGUAGCCAAGCUAAAUCUGUAGGAACUGUAGUGUCAAUAGCAGGGGCAUUCAUUUUGACCUUCUACAAAGGCUCACCGCUUAUUAAGUUUCACACCUUUUUUGGAUUGACUGAUCGAUUCCUCUUCUUACAGCAAUCAAAUUGGAUACUUGGAGGGUUUCUCCUUGCAGCUGAAUCUUUCUCGACUUCGUUAUGGUAUAUUCUGCAGUUACUACUACUUAAGAAGUACCCUGCAAUGCUGCUUUUGAUUGCAUUUUACUGUUUCUUUGAGACUAUACAAACUGCAUUAAUCUCACUGGUAAUGGUAAAAGACCUAAGUUCUUGGAUGUUACAACCUGAUAUUCGACUGGUUGCAGUUUUAUACUCUGUGAAGAAAGAGUCACUGAAAGGGAAUUGGGAAUGUGUUCCGUUACUGGAUCCUUACAUGGUGCCUGCAGAGAAAAGGACCUGUAUUCGUCUCAAUAUUCAAGCCCCUUUCACUUGUCCUUACAGACGUAAUCGGUGUCAUCUUUUUAGGAGAAGCUCUUUAUCUUGGAAGGCAGGAUCAUUAGAGGAGUUUAUGGACUUAAACGAGAGGUUCCAAUUAACCCAAGAGCACAAUUCCUGGACUUAACCAGAGGAUGCCUCCCAAAAGAGUUUUUCACUACUCUAUUCUCAGCAAAUAUACAAUUCCAUUUUCAGUCUUAACUCUAAUGCUUCCAAUCUAUACAUAACACGAGACCUACUAUCAGAUCCUCCCCGAAACAAAAUAGCUAAAGAUCCAAACAACUUGGUUUGGUUAACAUAAUAAAGACUGAAAACGACAUAGGUUCGUAAGACUAAUAAAAAGCCUAUAAACAUAUAUGCCAUGCCAACUUCACCGCACCACAAUGUCCGUUUCCCUUUUGGCUUUCUUGAUAUGUAAGAUUUGACAGAAAAUUUUCUUUCCGCUUGAUUGGUGGAGUUGUUAUUGUCGCUGGUUUUUACACUGUGAUGUGGGGCAAGGCCAAAGAAGAGAUACCAGUCAAGAAUGGUGAAGCGGAAUGCUUGGACUCAUCCAAUGAAAGUUCUCCUCUGCUGCAGAACAA